UCCACCUUACUUCCGGUCACUGCAUUCCGUUCCACACACAGGAAGAUCAGGUGAUGGUUGGUUCUAAAUCGCGGUUCUAGCAUCUACCAUCAGGUUAACACAGUAGUGAAGAAGACUUCUGGUGAGUGUGAGACACCCAGCAGCCAUCACAUUGUGUGUAGGACUGAGCAGGACCCAGAGCCCCAUCACGGUGCCUCCAUCUCAGUCACUGACACAUGAGAGACACAAUGAUCAGAAGAUCCUGGAACUCACCAACAAGAUCAUUCAGCUGCUGACUGGAAAGGAGGAGGAGUAUAUAGAGGAACACAGGGGUCUGUACAAGGACGUGAUGAUGGAGAAUAACCGGCCCCUCACAUCACUGGAUGGGCCCAGUAACAGAGAUACCCCAGAGAGAUGUCCCCGUCCUCUGUAUUCCCAGGACUGUACAGAGGAGAAUCACAGGAUCCCACAGGAGGAUCAGGAUGACUGUCUGACUGAUAUAAAGGCAGAAGAUAUAGAGGGAGAAGAAGAGACGUAUGUGACUGAUAUAAAGGCAGAAGAUAUAGAGAGAGAAGAAGAGACGUAUGUGACUGAUUUGAAGGCAGAAGAUAUAGAGGGAGAAGAAGAGACGUAUGUGACUGAUAUAAAGGCAGAAGAUAUAGAGGGAGAAGAAGAGACGUAUGUGACUGAUAUGAAGGCAGAAGAUAUAGAGGGAGAAGAAGAGACGUAUGUGACUGAUAUGAAGGCAGAAGAUAUAGAGGGAGAAGAAGAGAUGUAUGUGACUGAUAUGAGGGGAGAAGAAGAGACGUAUGUGACUGAUAUGAAGGGAGAAGAAGAGACGUAUGUGACUGAUAUAAAGGCAGAAGAUAUAGAGGGAGAAGAAGAGACGUAUGUGACUGAUAUAAAGGCAGAAGAUAUAGAUGGAGAAGAUGAGACGUAUGUGACUGAUAUGAAGGCAGAAGAUAUAGAGGAAGAAGAGGAGACGUAUGUGACUGAUAUAAAGGCAGAAGAUAUAGAAGGAGAAGAGAUGUAUGUGACUGAUAUGAAGGCAGAAGAUAUAGAGGGAGAAGAAGAGACGUAUGUGACUGAUAUAAAGGCAGAAGAUAUAGAGGGAGAAGAAGAGACGUAUGUGACUGAUAUAAAGGCAGAAGAUAUAGAUGGAGAAGAAGAGACGCAUGUGAGGAGUUAUCAGCAGUGUAAGGAGGAGGAGAUCCCUACAGAUAUCAGCACAGCAGAUGGACCCACAAGCAGGAAUAUCUCAGAAGUACAUCUAAUGUUAUCCCUGGAUUGUGACAUAACAGAUAAUGACAGUAGACAGGAUUCUCCAGGAGAUAAUCCCAUUACCCCAAUUAUACAUCCAGCUCUAUCAACUAAUCCCCCUGAUCCUGGGAAAUGUUCUCCUGAUCACUCUGAUAUUGGUGCAUCUAUUACAGCUCUGAGAUUAGAUACAGAGUUUCCCUGUUCUACAGACGCCAAAUGUUUUACACAGAACACAAACCGUAUUACUCAUCAGCCAGCUAAGGCAGGUGAGAGGCCAUUUCCAUGUUCUGAGUGUGGGAAAUGUUUUACAUAUAAAUCAAAUCUUGUUACACAUCAGAGAAGUCACACAGGUGAGAAGCCGUAUUCCUGUUCUGAGUGUGGGAAAUGUUUUACACAGAAAUCAGAUCUUGUUACACAUCAGAGAAGUCACACUGGUGAGAAGCCAUUUCCAUGUUCUGAGUGUGGGAAUUUUUUUACAUAUAAAUCAAAUCUUGUUACACAUCAGAGAAGUCACACAGGUGAGAAGCCGUAUUCCUGUUCUGAGUGUGGGAAAUGUUUUGUAGAGAAAUCAGGUCUUGUUAUACAUCAGAGAAGUCACACAGGUGAGAAGCCGUAUUCCUGUUCUGAGUGUGGGAAAUGUUUUGCACAGAAAUCAAAUCUUGUUACACAUCAGAGAAGUCACACAGGUGAGAAGCCAUUUUCCUGUUCUGAGUGUGGGAAAUGUUUCACACAGAAAUCAGCCCUUGUUACACAUAAGAGAAGUCACACAAGUGAGAAGCCAUAUACCUGUUCUGAGUGUGGGAAAUGUUUUUCAUCUAAAUCAGUUCUUGUUAGACAUCAGAAAAGGCACACAGGUGAGAAGCCGUAUUCCUGUUCUGAGUGUGGGAAAUGUUUUGCACAGAAAUCAGUUCUUGUUAAACAUCAGCGAUUUCACAGGUGAGAAGCCAUUUUCAUGCUGUGAGAGAAAUAAAUCCGCUCUUGUUGAACAUAUUAGACAUUACCCAAGCACGGAACCAUUUAAAUCUUCUGGAGUAUAAUUAUCACUGUCAUGCAAUGUUCCUCAAGGGUCAAUCCUAUCUCCUAUGCGUCAUGCAAUAUACAGUCUGGUCCAUAUAUAUUGGGACAUCGACACAAUUCUCAUAUUUUGGGCUCUAUACACCACCACAAUGGAUUUGAAAUUAAACAAACAAGAUGUGCUUUAACUGCAGACUUUCCGCUUUAAUUUGAGGGUAUUUACAUACAAAUCAGGUGAACUGUGUAGGAAUUAAAAUGGUUUUUAUAUGUGCCUCCCACUUUUUAAGGGACCAAAAGUAAUGGUACAAACUAAACAAUCCUAAAUCAAAUAUUGUAAAUCAGAUCAGUGCGCUCGUCCAGUUCAACAAAAAAUACUUUACUACUUAAUGUGGUCGCAGCCCGGAUCAGUGUUUCGUGAAUUGAGCUUUGACAUAUUUUCCAAGGGCGAUCUGAUUACCAUCUCCUAGAUGAAGACCUGGAUACAAUAUCCAUACUGAUAUGCAAAUAUUUAUUUAUCUGGUACGCAUAUAAAUUUUGUGAUAACUGAAUUUAAUCCCACAUACGGAAAUAUACUACGCUAUAUAGCGAUUCUUUGUGUCUCCUAGCAGCAUUUAGAUCCCAGUAGUAACCUGGACUAAAGAAUGGGGGACUGAUACGCCAUGUGUCAAGCCGUAAUCCGUACGCUAUAAUCUUGUGUGUGACAAAACUAGUGAUGAGCGGAUUCGGUUUUACUCUGUUCUCAAAACGGCAUCUUAUUGGCUUACAGAUGUCAUGUGUUUUGUAUAGCCAAUAAGAUUCUGUUUUGAGAUCCGAGUAAAACCGAAUCCGCUCAUCACUAGACAAAACUGAUUGAAAAAUACUACACCAUAGUCGCUCUCUUGUUUCUUCCUUUGUUUCCAGAAUCCUAAAUCAAACUUUUACUUUUUAAUAUUUUGUUGCAAAUCCUUUUGUCAGUUACAGCCUGAAGUCUGGAACGCAUAGACAUCACCAGACGCUGGGUUUCAUCCCUGGUGAUGCUAUGCCAGGCCUCUACUGCAAAUGUCUUCAGAUCCUGCUUGUUCUUGGGGCAUUUUCUCUUCCGUUUUGUCUUCAUCAAGUAAAAUGCAUGCUCAAUCGGAUUCAGGUCAGGUGAUUGACUUGGCCAUUGCAUAACAUUCCACUUAUUUGCCUUAAACGCUUUGGUUGCUUUCGCAGUAUGCAUCGGGUCAUUGUCGAUCUGCACUGUGAAGCGCCUUCCAGUGAGUUCCGAAGCAUUUGACUGAAUAUGAGCAGAUAAAAUUGCCCAAAACACUUCAGCAUUCAUCCUGCUGCUUUUAUCAGCAGUCACAUUAUCAAUAAAUACAAGGAAACCAGUUCCAUUGGCAUCCAUACAUGCCCACGCCAUGACACUACCACCACCAUGCUUCACUGAUGAGCUGGUAUGUUUUGGAUCAUGAGCAGUUCCUUUCCUUCUCCAUACUCUUUUCUUCCCAUCACUCUGGUACAAGUUGAUAUUUGUCUCAUCUGUCCAUAGGAUGUUGUUCCAGAACUGUAAAGGCUUUUUUAGAUGUUGUUUGCAAACUCUAAUCUGGUCUUCCUGUUUUAUUGCUCACCAAUGGUUUACAUCUUGUGGUGAACCCUCUAUAUUCACUCUUGUGAAGUCUUCUCUUGAUUGUUGACUUUGACACAUAUACACCUAUCUCCUGGAGAGUGUUCUUGAUCUGGGCAACUGUUGUGAUGGGGUUCAUGCUAUUUAGUACACUAGUAGUGUACUAAAUAGCACGAACAGCUUGUAACGUAGAGUGGCAAGUUUAAUCUUUCUAUGUAUAAUGGAGAGAAAUAAAAGCUUCUCCCUAAGUUCCUGGAUGCCAAAUCACUGUCCUUAGUAUCUCUGUACAGUUUUUUCUAUUAGAGUACUAAUUAGCAGGAACAGCUUAUAAUGUACAACACAGAUUCUCUAACGCCGACGAUCUACAGUACUGUGUUGCUCGAACAGUUAGUUGCGUCAGAAUACACUAAUUUAUAUCUACUGUUAUGUCUAUACGUGCUCAUUACCGCUGUGUAUUUUAGAUAGUGAAUGAGUCACUCCUGCAGAUUUACCCCGAUUUGUGUGAAACCUGUGUGCACCCUUCUGUUGAAUGUUUUACAAUGGAUUACACAGAAAAAAUAAUAAAGUGAAUGUCACUGGAACACAAAAAAAAUUGACACUUUGGGAAUCGAACCCGGUACUCAGCGUGGCAGACCGGAGCCUUCAUCGCUAGCCCACAGCACUGCAUGGAAGAUUCUCAAGUUCAUGUGUAAAAGUACUGCAAAGAGCGAUUCCUCCCCAUUGGUGUUUGUUUAUGCCGUUAGGGGACUCGGACACUCAUUUUGUGCACUGUACAUACUGUAAAGUCAAUGAGCUACAUUAUUCCUUUCACACAUUAGUUGUGUCUGCAUACACAAGUGUUUUAACACGUUCAUUUGCGUCUGUAUAAACUAUACACACAGGGAUUUGGCAUCCAGAAACUUAGGGAGGAGCUUUUAUCUCUCCCCAUUAUACUUAAUACUACGGGAUUUGGACACUCGCAUAUCCCUAACAACAAUAGACCAUACUGUAUCUGUAACACGUUCAUUUGCAUCUGUAUAUGCUGUACUAUUUGCACCUGUACUGUAUAUACUGUUAUAGACUUUAUGACAUACUGUAGCAUAAUGUAGCGUAAUGAGACGCACCAGUAAAGUAGUUCUUACGCUGUAGUUCAGUAUUGUAUUUUAAUGGAGACCACACGCUUGCGCAUUGGUGAUUUAAAAAAGCGACAUCUGGUGGAUGAUCUUAGGUAUUACACUCAAAGGUAACGCCAAACGCUCUGUGUGCCUUCCUACGACUAGGCGCGCCUCCUUGCGCCCAGGUACGCUGCGUAUGCCUGAUCGCGACUAAUGCCUCAGCCAGCCAAGAUAACGGAGGACCCGUCUGUAUAUUUAGUUCCUAAAUAACUCAUCCCAAAUGCUUAGGUCUUUUUUCUGCUGUUUAUUUUGUAUCUUGUGCUUUGUGUAAAUGUGAAUGUCUAAUACCAGUUUGCACAAUCUGUAGUGCUGCAUGACAAUAUGGCGGCCAUUGGAACGUGUUUUCACUUCUAGUUUACCUAACUUGUUGCAGACACUCAUCUUGAUAAGGAGUGCCGAGUGUUUUCAGAUACAAGAUCCUGUCCAUAUAUACUGUGUACAUUAUCAUGUGCAUUAGAGUCACCCGGGUUCCAUGUGCAGUGGUUUGUUGUAUGUUACAUAUAUAUGGUGCGGAUACUCCUCUGUAUGAUUUCAUAAUAAAAGCUUUUGUCUGCAUCUAA